AAAAUCAAAGCAAAAUUCUCUAUAUGGGAGACAAAAAUACAUAAACUACCAAUGAAAAUAUACAGAGGAAUGGGAAUACUUCACAAUCCUCAUGUUUUACUGCUGCUGCAUGUUCUCUUCAUCUUUGCACUGCAACAAAAAAUAACAUCAUCACCAAGAACUGAGGCAGAAGCUCUUGUCAAAUGGAAAAGCAGCUUAUUACCUUCUGCUUUUCUCGAUUCAUGGUCUUCAGAAAAUCUCGAAGACCUUUGUAACUGGACUGGCAUUACCUGCAAUGCUGCAGGAACUGUUUCGAAGCUCAACAUUUCUGGUCAAGAACUCGACGGGACACUUGCUCACUUCAGUUUCUAUUCAUUUAGAAAUCUCACUUCCUUGGACUUGAGCAGCAACCUGUUAUCAGAUAGUAUACCAGGGGAGAUUGGAAAUCUGACAGAGCUAGAGUACUUGAGCUUCGAUGACAACUAUCUUAAUGGUAACAUUCCUUACCAAAUUAGUCGUCUUCAGAAGUUACAAUAUUUAGACUUGGGAUUGAAUGACUUGGUUAGUCUAAAUUGGUCUAUGUUUUCGGACAUGUCAGUUCUGAAACACCUCAACUUAUACUCCAAUGGUCUUGCUUCAGAAUUCCCACCUUUUGUGUUGAGUUCUAGGAACUUAACUUUUCUUGAUUUGUCGUUCAAUGAGUUGACAGGCCCCAUACCUGAAUUAUUGUUUGUCCAAUGGCCAAAUCUUGAAUUCCUCAAGCUUAAUGAUAAUUUUUUUGAAGGGCCAUUGCCAAGAUAUAUAUCCAAGCUUUCCAAGCUCAGAGAACUUCACCUAGGAAAUAAUCACUUGUCAGGGCUGAUCCCAGAUAGUAUUGGUCUUUUACAUAAUCUUCAAGUUCUCGAAUUGUAUAACAAUUCAUUUGAAGGAAAUAUUCCUUCUUCUAUCGGUCAACUAAAAGAGCUUCAAAAACUCUCUCUUAGUGAAAAUCAUUUGAACUCUAGUAUUCCUCCUGAGCUUGGAUUGUGUACCAAGCUCAGCUUCUUGGCUCUAGCUGUGAAUUCGCUCACUGGCCCUUUGCCUUCGUCCUUUUCAAAUCUUAGACAGAUUUCUGAAUUAGGUCUUUCGGAUAAUUUUCUUUCUGGAGAGCUAUCGCCUCAAUUCAUCAGCAAUUGGACUCAGUUGACAUCACUACAGAUUCAAAACAAUACUUUUGUUGGUAAAAUUCCACCUGAAAUUGGUAUGUUGAGAAAUCUUAACUACCUUUAUCUAUAUAGUAAUAAUCUCACUGGAUCAAUUCCCAAAGAGAUUGGAAAUCUGAAGCAGCUUCAGGAAUUGGAUCUAUCAGAUAAUUAUCUAGAAGGUCCAAUUCCAGCAACAAUUGGGGACCUCACUAAUUUGGUAGUUUUACAGUUGCAAUACAACAAUCUUAGUGGAACUAUUCCACCUGAGAUUGGAAACUUAACACUGCUGAAACUUCUUGAUCUCCAAAGUUGUCAACUUUAUGGUGUGGUUCCCAAUGCAAUUACUAAAUUAAGUAACUUGCAGUCGCUUUAUCUUCAUUCCAAUAGAUUUUAUGGCAGUAUUCCAGAGGACUUGGGAAAAACUAAUCUGAAUCUUUCCAUUGUUAAUUUUUCCUACAACAACUUCUCUGGGGAAUUGCCAGAAGGAUUGUGCAGUGGUUUGGCCCUUGAAAGGCUUACAGUUACAGCAAACAAUUUUUCAGGGGCUUUACCAAAGUGCCUGGGAAACUGCUCAAAAUUGAGUAGAGUCCGCUUGGAUAGAAACCAGUUCUCUGGAAAUGCGUCUGAAGCAUUUGGUUCUCAUUCAAGUCUUGAUUUCAUUUCUCUGAGUGGCAAUAAGUUUACAGGUGAACUGUCAUUCCAGUGGGGAAAAUUUGUAAGUCUUACAAACAUAGACAUGUCAAGAAACAAAAUUUCUGGUGCAGUACCAGCUGAGCUUGGAAACUUAAGGAAUUUGCAAGUUUUGCAGCUGGAGUCAAAUGAGUUGACAGGUGAGAUUCCCAAUGAAAUCGGAAAUUUGACCCUGUUGCUGAAACUCAACCUGAGCAACAAUCAUUUGACUGGGGACAUCCCGCGGAGCUUAGGCAAACUAUCAAAGCUCAUCAAUUUUGAUUUGUCUGCAAACAAGAUGAAGGGGAGCAUACCAAAAGAGCUUGGGAAUUGUGAUAGUUUAUUAAGCUUGAAUUUAAGCCUGAAUAGUUUCUCAGAAGAGAUACCAUCUGAACUUGGUAAUUUGUUUCAGUUGCAAAUUACUUUGGACUUGAGUAGGAAUUCACUUUCAGGCACCAUUCCUUCUGAUUUGGCAAAAUUGAAGGUUUUGGAGAAUUUAAAUCUUUCACAUAAUCAGCUCUCCGGUGGAAUUUCUUCUUCACUGUCAACUAAUAUGAUUAGUUUAGAAAUGAUUGAUUUAUCGUACAAUAACUUUUCAGGCCCUACACCCUUGUUCCGACAAAAUGUGGCAACAAUUUUCUCAGGAAACACACGUUUGUGUGGAGAGGAUGAAGGAUUGUCCCCAUGCCAUUCAACAUUUUUCAAGUCAUCCAAAUCUAGUAAGAAAGUCAUCAUUGGUGUCAUUGUUGCAGUGGUCAGCUUCUUAUUUUUUGGAACUAUUACUAUUGUUGGAUGUUUUGUGUGUCAUAGUAAAAUCAAAAAAACCAAUUCAGAGAAAUUUGAAUCACUGAUUUGGGAAAGAAAAGGAAAGUUCACAUUUGGAGACAUUGUGGCAGCCACUGAAGAUUUCAGUGAAAGGUACUGCAUUGGGCGAGGAGGUUUUGGAACUGUGUACAAGGCCAAAUUGUUCAAUGGUGAGAUUGUAGCAGUUAAAAGGCUUAUAAUAACAGACUCUAGCAAUUCUACAACAAAUAAUCGAUGGAGUUUUGAGAAUGAAAUUCGAACCUUGACAGAAGUUAGACACCGUAACAUUAUCAGACUUCAUGGGUUCUGUUCCAGGGACAAUUGCCUUUACUUGGUUUAUGAAUUUGUCGAGAGAGGUAGCUUGAGCAAGUUGUUGUAUAGUGAUGAAGGUGUUUCUGCUUUAAGUUGGGAUGUAAGGGUGAAAAUUGUUAAAGGAUUGGCCCAUGCACUUUCUUACUUGCAUCAUGAUUGCUCUCCACCUAUUGUGCAUAGAGAUGUUUCACCGAAUAAUAUCUUGCUCGAGUCAGAACUGGAGCCACGGCUCUCAGAUUUUGGCACUGCAAGAAUGUUGAGUACAGACUCAUCAAACUGGACUAAUGCUGCAGGGUCUUAUGGCUACAUGGCACCAGAACUAUCCUUUAGUAUGCUUGUCACGGCUGAGUCUGAUGUUUAUAGCUUUGGAGUCGUGGCGUUAGAGGUAAUGAUGGGAAGACACCCUGGGGAAUUCCUUUUAACUUUGUCCAGUGAUCAAGAUUUGACUUCUAAAGACGUAGUACUUGAUCAUCGUCUUCCACCUCCAACAGACAAAAUUGCAGAGGAAGUGAAAUUUGUUGUUAGUGCAGCUCUAGCAUGUACGCGAUACUCACCAGGGUCUCGACCUACUAUGCAUUCUGUGGCACAAGAACUAUCAAGAGCAACUCAAAUUUACAAGACCGAAUCAUUCAGUGUCCAGUUGCACGAGUCUAUGUAAAAUUUUCAAGCUUUUCAUAUGUGAAUUCAUUGGUUGUGUAAACAGGUUCUUGUUUGCGAGGAGUUUAAACCAUAUUCAAACACUUAAAAAUUUUAAGUCAUGUUCGAACCAUGUUCAGACCUUGGCCUAAUUGGCCUAAUUUCCGGGGUGUAUUCAAUUGGGAUUUUAAUGGAUUGUUUUUAGUCUA